AUGCUGCAUGAUGAAAGCAGACAGCCCACAUGUGACCUUGUGUUCAGCCAGCAGAGAGUCGCAGGGCACAAGUCCCACGUAGGUUACGCCGAGAGCGAUUCUCCUGGCUCAGCAUCAAGGUACCACAUACUGACUCUGAGCCAGAACGGUGCUCGAGUGAGCUCAUUUAGAGGAACGAAGAGCUCGACCGAGGUGUUCCGACACGGCACCGCAGCAACCGGCUCCGGAAGGCACAAGAGAUGGAAUGAAGCCACGAUGAUUGACAACAAGCUCGACAUGAACAGAACCUCGGUGCUUGGAAGCUCAGGCUCAAGCUCACAGCUGAUCAACGUGUUGUGA